CUUCAACCGCUCAACAAUCACUGCAAUACGUUAUAACUCUUCAAGCAUCAGCCUAAGAAUUCAAGCCAUGAUUUCCGGUGAGCUCGCUGGAAACUACUUUCUAGCUCCUGAAAGCCAAAUUCCAGUACCAGCUAACUUUGGCAUGAUGCAAAGCAAUAUACCAGCUUUUCAAUUCAACAAUUUCUUAAGCAACUUUCCCUACUCCCAGAUCUCCCCAACAAUUCAGGAAUUCACAUCACAGUCCUCAAGUAUCAGCAAUAACUCAACGUCCGAUGAAGCUGAAGAACACCAAAUGAGAAUCAUCGAUGAAAGGAAGCAACGGAGAAUGAUAUCUAACAGAGAAUCUGCCAGAAGGUCAAGGAUGCGGAAGCAGAGGCACCUGGAUGAACUUUGGUCACAAGUUAUCAGGCUUCGCAAUGAGAAUCACAGCCUCAUAGACAAAUUGAAUCAUGUAUCAGAGUCCCAUGACAGGGUUCUUCAAGAGAAUGCGCGACUCAAGGAAGAAGCAUCUGAUCUUCGCCAAAUGCUGACAGACCUGAAAAUUGGCAGUCCUUCACUGUUGCUUUGAGGGAGCUGAAGGAAGUCGCCUGUAACACUGCUCAACUCAGAGCUGAGUCCACAAUCCAAUCCAUGCUAGUUCUGUAACCUGUUUCUUUAAGAGGAGUCCUGUUUUUACAAUUCUGUGCUCCCCAGGUUGCCAUGGUGGUUAAACAAGUCUUUCCUUGUUUGAGUUGUAUGAGAUUAGAAACAAACUAUGCAAUAAUUAUCAGCUUUUAAU